CCCCCCCCCACCCCAGCCAGCCAGCCCGCCCCUCGCUUCGUCGUGGGGAAGGGGCGCCCGCCGCCUCUCUCAACCCCACCUCCCCGCCCCGAGAGACCCCCUUCCUCGGCAUGGCUCGCGCCCCGGACCCCGAGGGGCUUCCCCGGCAGGGUGAUGGUUUAUUCAUUAAGAACGGACGAAUUAUCAACGAUGACCACUCCUUCUACGCCGAUGUCUAUGUGGAAGACGGACUUAUAAAACAAAUUGGAGAGAAUCUGAUUAUUCCUGGAAAUCCGAAAAUCAUCGAGGCAACCGGCUUUAUGAUCCUUCCAGGCGGUAUCGACAGCAACACUUCUUUGCAGAAAUCCGUUCAAGGCUUAACGGUAGCUGAUGAUUUUUAUCAAGGAACGAAGGCUGCGUUGUCCGGAGGCACAACCACUAUCAUUGAUCAUGUCCUUCCAGAGCCCGGCUCUAGUUUAUUAACGGCGUUUGCAAAAUGGAAAGAGGCAGCGGAGAGCAAAUCCUGUUGUGAUUAUUCUCUGCACGUGGACAUCACCGACUGGUAUGAUGGGAUCCAGGAAGAUCUCGAAAGUCUGGUGCAAGACAAAGGUAUCAAUUCUUUCCAACUCUACAUGGGCUACAAAGAUCUCUACCAAAUGACCGAUUCCCAACUCUACGAAGCAUUUACAUUCCUGAAAAGUCUCGGAGCUGUUAUCAUGGUGCACGCAGAAAAUGGGGAUUUGAUAGCUCAGGAGCAAAAGAGGGUGCUGGCAUUGGGAAUAACAGGACCAGAAGGUCAUGCUUUGAGCCGGCCUGAAGAGCUGGAAGCAGAAGCCGUAUUCCGGGCUAUCACUAUAGCUAGUCGAAUCAACUGUCCCGUCUACAUCACUAAAGUGAUGAGUAAGAGCGCAGCCGACGUCAUCUCGCUGGCUAGGAAAAAAGGUGCUCUGGUAUUGGGGGAACCGAUCACAGCCAGUCUGGGGACCGAUGGCACUCAUUACUGGAAUAAGAACUGGGCGAAGGCCGCAGCGUUUGUGACCUCACCACCUCUGAGUCUGGAUCCUACCACGCCUGAUCAUCUGACCUCACUUUUAGCCUGUGGAGACCUGCAAGUGACCGGAAGCGGCCACUGUACUUACAACACAGCCCAAAAGGCUCUGGGCAAGGAAAACUUCACUCUCAUCCCAGAAGGGGUUAAUGGAAUUGAAGAAAGAAUGACGUUGGUCUGGAAUAAAUGUGUUUCUACAGGUAAAAUGGAUGAAAACCAGUUUGUUGCCAUUACUAGCUCUAACGCUGCCAAAAUCUUCAAUCUGUAUCCACGAAAAGGCAGGAUAGAAGUUGGUUCCGAUGCUGAUCUUGUUAUUUGGGAUCCCGACAAAGAGAAGACAAUCACAGCAAAAAGCCAUAAAUCGGUUGUUGAAUAUAACAUUUUUGAAGGCAUGGAAUGCCGUGGGGCUCCCUACAUAGUUAUUAGCCGAGGGAAGAUUGUGUUUGAAGACGGGAAUCUCUCGGUGAAGAAAGGAAUGGGGUCGUUCAUUGUACGAAACUCCUUUCCAGAGUAUCUUUAUCAAAGGAUCAAAACUAGGAAUAAGGUAACAGAAUUACAGGGUGUUUCCCGAGGAAUGUAUGAUGGGCCGGUCUAUGAAGUUUUAGCAACUCCUGCAAAAUAUGCAACUCCUGCCCCUUCAACUAAAACAUCGCCUGCCAAAAACCAGCCUCCACCAAUCAGAAACCUCCAUCAAUCUAAUUUCAGUUUAUCAGGGGCUCAGGUAGAUGACCACAAUCCUCGCCGCACUGGACACCGUAUUGUGGCACCACCAGGGGGCCGUUCCAACAUCACUAGUCUCGGAUAAGCGUAAACAGAAGUCGGAAAUGAAGAAUGAACGCUCUUAGUCCUCCUCUACAUUCCCGUGCUCCUUAGCUCAUGUUUCAUUCAUUGCUAUGCGAGAAAAAAAAUUGUUUGUCUUAAGGAAAUAAGUGUCAUAGUGUGAUGUGUUUGCUUGGAAUGAAUCACCUUGGUUGUGUUUGCCAUCUUAAAAGCAUGAUCCUUCCCCGUGCUCAGUGAGCAGCGGUGCUGUUUGUAGCUUUGCUUGCAGUAGAGGUUUUCCUUUGCACCUACCCACCCCUUUCCUCCCUUAGCUGUGCUAGAUUAGGCAAUGCAUGUUACUCAAGCAAGUUGUGGUUUGUGCGUCUACUUUAGAGCAAGGGCCGCCUGCCACUUUGGAUUAGACCAGGGGUCAGCAACCUUAAACACUCAAAGAGCCACAAAGGUCCUAACCGGAAGCCUCUGUUCAAUUCUGGAGCUGACUGGAAGUCUGGUUCCCCCACCACAGAGUGUCCUCCUUGCAAGGUGUCCUUUUUCCUCUGCUGACUGGAAGUCGGUUCCCCUACCAUAGAGUCUCCUCCUAGCGCGGCAUCCUUUUUCCUCUACCUGUCCUAACCGAAAGCCCUAUCAAUUGUGGAGCUGAUCAGCAACAGGGAGCCGCAGCAGAGGGAUGAAAGAGCCACAUGCGGUUCUAGAACCGCGGGUUGCUAACCCCUGGAUUAGACACAAGGUCAAGGCGCAAUGUUCCGUUAAGACACCUAUGGACGUCUUACAAAUAUGCAGUAGAAUUUUUUUGUUGGUGUACAUUUUUAUUCAUUACCGACCCAAUGAGGGGGGCCAAUAGGCUGUGAUCUUCUCAGUCGAGUCAAACUCUCGUCCGACUUUAGGAAAAGCCAUUAUUAUUAAUUCAUGUGGUGACCGUAGAGGAUUUCCAGAGACGGUUCAUCUUUGCAGACCAAUUUUGGUACUUGUAAACAUUUCCAAGGUUUGUUGGGUUUUUAAACCUUUUUGUAUGGAGAGGGUUUUUUUUUUUCCUCCUUAUAAGUAGUGGUCAUUUAUUAGAAUGUGUCAGAUUUAGUAGUUGUGGCUCAUUUUUUAAAACACUUGUGAAAUAAAAGAACAUGAAGUA